GAAAAUUUUUUUUACAAUACCAAUCAGCUUUCACUAUAUUUUUUCCAAAAGCUCUAACUCAGAGUGUUGUUUUUCCUUUACGUCUUUCUUUCCUCUUGGAAAGCAUCAACAUCCAUUGCUGAUUACUGCUCCCACUACCUAUGCAACAACCCUUUACUCAACCUCAGUACGAUCUUCUUAACACUGUCGGCUGCUCCUUGAACGCUUUGCUCUCUGUUCCCGCUGCUUCUUUCCCUUUGAUUCAACUUCAAGAAUUCCCUUGCACAUUGUUGGAUCCUGGAUAAUUGGUCUUGCAACUGAUUACAUUAUUCGCAGCGAACUAUCACUUGCCAAAGAAAACCAAACCAUUUUCUAAAUCACUCUCCCAAAAAACAAUCUACAUACCCUUUUGUUAAUCGCCACCAGAGCUAUCUUCUCUCCCCACUCACAUUUGCCCCACCCAAACCAAGCCAACUCUACUUAACACUCUUCUUCUCAAUGAAUAUGAUCAACACCACCGACGGCCGCUAUAGCUCCCGAGCUAGAUGUUCACCACUCUCCCGUGCUUUCUCCGUAAUCGAGACACCAGCUAUCUCCUUAUCCCCUCUGCGAUUCCUUCUUUUGGAUUGCCCCACAGAGUCGACUCUUCCUCUUUAUAUGGAUGAGUUCCGCCGUCUCAACGUCACCGAUGUUGUUCGAUGCUGCCAAGCUACUUAUAACGCCAGUAGACUCACUGAGGAAGGCAUCAAUGUUCUGGAUCUGCCUUUCCGUGAUGGCGGAGUUCCCCCUCCGGCUAUUAUUGGUCAGUGGCUGAAACUGGUCGAAACACGCGACAGAGAAGCUAGAAUGAACGCUAGCACGAGCCAAGAUGAUCCCGAUAUGAGACCCACCAUUGCUGUUCACUGUGUUGCCGGUCUUGGCCGUGCUCCAGUCCUAGUUGCUAUUGCUCUUAUUGAAAUGGGCAUGCAACCUUUAGAUGCUGUUGAAUAUGUGCGCAGAAAAAGAAGAGGCGCUUUCAAUAAGCCUCAAAUCGCUUUCUUGGAUGCUUACAAACGCACCACCAAAUCUGUCAAAGCUCGUUCUGUUUCUAAUACCUCAUCUGCCGGCUCUCCUAUUAAAUUUUCGCUUGGCAAAAUGUUCAGAAUUGGCAGUAGCGGCAGCAAGAAAGAAGUGGCCGCUUCGGAUUGAAUACAUGAUAGCUUUCCGAUCACUCUUCAUGAAUUAAUUUUUUUCCGAUUUCACCUUGGUUUUAUUCACCUUAUUGUUUCAAGAUUAGACAAUACAAAUUACAUAUUUUUUAAGUUUUUCAAAAUUUGGGUCUACGC